AUGACUAUUCCCGAGCACCACCCGGAACUUGAACCAGCGGAGCAGCUUGUAGCCGAGGAGCAAGCUUUGGCCGAACCAAGAAGACAAAUGACUCGAAUGGUGACAUCCAAAUCAAGCUCGGGAGUGAGUGUUAAUGACCAAGCCAUCAUCGAUGCUAUCACGUUACAAAUGGAGAAAAUAAUUGAUGCCAAACAUAAGCCGAUCAACGACCAACUCAAAGGAAUAGAGCAAUAUGAGCAGAUCUCGCAUCAAAAAGAGGCAAAACCAAAUAGACCCCAAGAGAAGCAUAAUUGGAGGAGUAGACCAACCAAAGAUGAAUCAAAUUGUUACUACUAUAUUCGUGAUGAUCAUAGACGUUUUGAGCAAGCUAGACAACAACCUAAUGAUGUGAAAGAAGUUAAGACCAUGAAGCAAAACCGAAAGGAAAGUCUAUCCUCAAAUGAACAGUUAAAGGAUGAGCUUCUUAUGAUUCUCAACGCUUACAACAAACUGAAGAAAGCCAAGCAUCCUCUUCCUUCUAAUUCAAAAAAAGCUAAGAUUGCUCUUCCUUCCGAAUUUACCAAAGAUACUUGUGAUCUUUAUGAGAAAACUGAUUUUGUGCUUGAAAUAAUCAAGCUUGUUCUUGAAGAAAGAUCUCAAAAAGAAGGUCAAAGGAGUUUGUCAUCGAUUGUUACCGAUUUGGAGCAACAAACUAUCUCCAUUACAGAACCAAUCCUUAAGGAGCUAUUUGGUUUCUCACGCACAUUUAAUGUGUUUCCUUUAGUGUUUGUGAAAGAUAAUGAAAAACCGGUUAAGGAUGCGAUUUUAAACAUUAGGAAGAGUUAUGGUUUCCCUAAUCCUUUUGAUUAUGGAUCAAAAGAAGACAUGGAUCAAGCUUGGUCCGAAAUGAAAGCAAGUAAAGCAAGUGAAGCAAGGACGCAUCUCUUUGGAGUUUGGAAUUGGAAGUACUUAAGGAAGACGACCACAAUUGCAAAAGGAUGCUCCACUCUAAAAUACUACUUUGCUAAUGGGGAGCAUGAUAUGACUAUUCCCGAGCACCACCCGAAACUUGAACCAGCGGAGCAGCUUAUAGCCGAGGAACAACUUGGAGCCGAGGAGCAGCAUGUAGUGGAGGAAGCGUUGGCCGAACCAAGAAGACAAAUGACUCGCUCGAAGACCAAACUUCUCAACCAAGCUAUUUCGGACUACCCAAACACUUGGACAUGA